AUGCCCUCUCCAUCCUUCACCAAACAUAUUUCACAAUUCAGCAGUCCAGAGCAUUGUGUCGUGACGGCAAGGGACGACGAGGAUUGUAACAGCCGGAGUUCCAGUCGGGAGAUAUGGGCCGAGGACUACUACGGCGCUGAGACUGCGGAAGAGAACAAGGACACGGCGUCUGCACAAAACCAGCAUCUGCACGAUUCGACUCCUGCCUACCCACCUGCUUCCUUCCAAUUUCCUUCUCCCCCAACGCAUCUCGGAGUGAAUUCCAGAACAUACAGGACGCACAAGAGAUCACUGACGGAUCUGCUACCUGCCGCCUUUUCGAGGAGCCCAGAGAGGAAAGGAGCGAUCAAGCUCGAUAUCGAGGGAGAAAUCAUGGCGAAUUUCACGGGCGGCAAGGAGGGCAUGAGCAAGGUCGCGGAUCAAGGCCGUGGAGGACUGAGCUCAUGGUUCUCGGGGUCUUCGGCCAUGGAAUCCGACCUUCCGUCACCUCCCUCUCUCUCGAGCAGCCCUACACGAAAUACACCCAAAAUCGGAAUCAAACCUUUGGGAAGGAAAAACACCAUUGGAGGCGGCAUGUUUAACUUUUUCACCGCCAGAUCGCCUACCAAACAGCAACAUACGGUGCAGAUGCCCGCUGCGCUCAACGACGACGAAUUCCUCACUCUCAAUGUCACAACAGCUCUCUUUCCAGGAGGGGAACCCAAUGCCAAUGAUCCCUUCUCCCCAGCGGCUUUCAAAAACUUGUUGAUGAAUGCAGAAGGACUAUUGCUGAAGCUACAAACGGCGUAUAAGCUGCGCACCAUCUCCCUCCACGAACUUUCUGUCGAGAAAUCUGCUAUGAGCGAAGAAAUGGCGGAAGCGGAGACGAGAGCCCGCAGCUUGAAGAGCCAGCUGGAGGAUAUGGCACACCAGGUCUCGUUAAAAGACUCUGCCAUCCGCGAACUUGCUACCGAGCUUGCUGCGGAGAAGCAGGCACACGCGGAGGAGAAAGCCGCCAGGCAUGUUGCUGGGAGGAGGGGGAAACAUCUCAGCCUCGACUCGACAGGCGAAGACCUGGGUAUCUGUCGCCGAACACGCAACCGACGCAGUGAAGGGGAGAGUAGUCUUGAAGGCGAAGGGGAAAGUGAUGCCGAGUCUGCGAAUUCGGUCUUCUCUCGAAGCCGCAGUCCUACACUUACCAUGUCCUCUGUUUCGGUGGUCGAUACCUCGUCGAGUACGCCGGAGAUCAUGGAGGCCUCGGUUGCAAGGGUGGUGAUGAAUCCGGGGAGGGAGGUGGCACGGCCAGCGAUACAGAGGCCGAAAAGCGCCUUUCAGAAGGUCUAUGGUGGAAUGGGACAAUCGCCCUUGGAAGAAGUGAGAGAUCAGUCGAAGGGAAAUUUCUGGGAUGGCAUCUGGGAUGGCAUCGGCAUGGGCGAGGAGGGAUGCGUCAACUGCCGGGGGCAAGAUGCAAGCGUGGCAUGGGACGCGGUGGGCUUGAUGAGGGCGGAAAACAAGGGGCUGAAGGAAAGGGUUGAAGGGCUGGAGAGGGCGGUCGAGGGGGCAUUGGAUGCUUGCCAUGGGAUCGUAUAA